GGCUCUCUGACCUGUCUAUAAGAGGAGGCAGAGAGCGCGCGCCACCUCGACGUGCACGUCUUGCCAAGUUGCAGCUCGCCACUGGAGCACUCGUACACUCGUCCAAGCUACUAGUCUCGGUAUACUAACUGUGCCUCAUUUCUAGCUAGCCAACUAUGGCGGCCUCCAUGGACGCUGGUUCUCCGGCCGUGUCCACGACCACCGCCCUCGUCGUGGCCGCGUUAGCGGUGCUCCUCCUCGGCGCGCCGACGGCGUCCGCGGCCCGCGCCUUCUUCGUGUUCGGCGACUCCCUCGUCGACAACGGCAACAACAACUACCUCAUGACGACGGCGCGCGCCGACGCGCCGCCCUACGGCAUCGACUACCCCACUCACUUGCCCACGGGCCGGUUCUCCAACGGGCUCAACAUCCCCGACAUCAUCAGCGAGUACCUCGGGUCCGAGCCCGCGCUGCCGUACCUGAGCCCCAACCUCCGGGGCGAGAACCUGCUCGUCGGCGCCAACUUCGCGUCCGCCGGCGUCGGCAUCCUCAACGACACAGGCGUACAAUUCGUGAACAUAAUUAGGAUCGCGCAGCAGCUGCAGAACUUCCAGGCCUACCAGCAGAAGCUGGCCGCCUACGUCGGCGAGGACGCGGCGAGGCAGCGCGUGAGCCAGGCGCUCGUGCUCAUCACGCUCGGCGGCAACGACUUCGUCAACAACUACUACCUCGUGCCCUUCUCCGCCAGGUCCCAGCAGUUCGAGAUCCACGACUACGUCCCCUACAUCAUCUCAGAGUACAAGAAAAUCCUCGCGAGGCUGUACGAGCUGGGCGCCCGGCGCGUGGUGGUGACCGGCACGGGGAUGAUCGGGUGCGUGCCGGCGGAGCUGGCCAUGCACAGCCUCGACGGGUCCUGCGCGCCCGACCUGACGCGCGCCGCCGACCUCUUCAACCCGCAGCUGGAGCAGAUGCUCACGGAGCUCAACUCCGAGCUCGGCCACGACGACGUCUUCCUCGCCGCCAACACCAACAGGGCCAGCUUCGACUUCAUGUUCAACCCGCAGCAAUACGGGUUCGUGACGGCGAAGAUUGCGUGCUGCGGGCAGGGGCCGUACAACGGGAUCGGGCUGUGCACGCCGGCGUCCAACGUGUGCGCCAACCGGGACGUGUACGCCUACUGGGACGCGUUCCACCCGACGGAGCGGGCCAACCGGAUCAUCGUCGGCAACUUCAUGCACGGCUCCACCGACCACAUCAGCCCCAUGAACCUCAGCACCGUCCUCGCCAUGGACAACAGGAACUAGCUCUCCAUCUCUAGCUACUAGGACUGCUCGAUCCGCUGCCGACGUGCUACAUAAUUAUAUAGCUACAUAGUAUAUGUGCCUGUUGUUGUUGUUGGAAACUUUGGUCGAGGGCUGCUCUGAUAUGUGGUGCCCGAAGAUGGUGGUUUAGAAGCUUUUGAUGGGGCUUAAUCUCCUUUUUUUUCUGGUUUAGUGAAAGUAAUAUGGUGAAUUAAGAUUGUGUAUUUAUGUUUUCUAGUCCAGAUUGUUUAGCAGAGCUACUAGGAGCUAGCUUGAGAGGUUAAGACAGUGGUUUCUGCUCGAUUAAUUCAGGAAUUCGUUGUACUAGCUUCUGAGCUUUCUUUUGCCUCUGAACCUUGUGCUAGCAGUCUAGCAGGCCUCUGAAAA